ACAAAGUCGUUAAGACCGGUGUUGUCUGGGAAACAGAAGGAAGCGUCGAACUUUGAACAAGCAGAAUAUUGUUUACAAUUUUCAGUAUAAUUGGAUAGUUCUAUAUUAAUAUGUCUGGUUUACCAAGAGAAGUAUUACGAUGGAUUCAGAGUCUUGAUCUGACAUGGAAAGUAAAGACUCCAAAAUGGGACUUAUCAAAUGGUUAUCUAGUUGCAGAAAUUUUCUCUUGGUACUUCCCACUAAAUAUUCAGAUGCAUUCAUUCUAUAGCGGGACAUCGAUGGAAUCAAAAUCAAAGAACUGGGGAAUUUUAAAAACAUUUAUCAAACGUCAGCAUUUGGAUAUUCCUGAUGACUACAUCGAAGGAGCAAUUCACUGCAAAGAGGGAGCAUCUGGCUUGUUAGUAGAAAGGCUGUAUGAAAUUUUAACAAACAGAAGAGUGAGAAAAAUGACUUCAGAUUCUGAUGUGGACUUCACUGACUGGGCGUACCAGGAGAAACUGCCAAUGCAUGCUCGGUCGACUGCCACCAAGGCGGUGAAGAAUAAUCUAAGGCUAACAGAGGUUAUGGCAGAGCCAAGCCUGAUAGCCCAAGCUCAAAAGGCUCAGAGAAUAAUAACUGAUCAUGUAGACCACCGAAGGAUAGAGAGGAUGGAGGACCCAUCCAGGUUUAGGAUUUUACCCACAAUCGGCGAGAGGAGCAUUCGAAGACAUCCUCCUGCAUCACAAGAAAACACUGACCUGAACCAGAGCACCAAAGAUGACACCACCACAGAGGAGCAGUCUAAACGAGAACAAACACAAGAAAGCAUGAAUCCAGAACGAGAGUCUGGCAUGACAUAUAAAGAAAUUAAUGUCCACCAGUUGGAUAAAGCCCAGUUAUACGACAUGCCCAUCCAGAGCUGCUAAAACUACACAUUGAUUACAGACACUGGCUAGUGAAUUGUGACACAAUAAUUAUAAUUUAACAUUAAUAAUUACAGUUUGUCAUGCACAGUUACAAUGCUUGAUAUAGUUUAUUAUGUGGCAAUAAAUCUUAAAAUUGGUUUACUGCUACACUGUUUUUCACAAAUGAAUUUGUGUACUGUUGAGCAUUGUAUAAAGGACAUUUUGAAUAACAACCUCUUGUCAAAAAGGGUACCCCAGACUUUUAUUUUCAUUCAUUAAUGCACAUAUUGUCCUCCAUUUUCACCAGUUCUAAAAGGCCACAUUUUGUGUGUGUCAUUAGAUGUGGACCUUUAAACAAACGAGAAGGCUGCCUUUGGGGCCCCAAAAGUAGUUAAUAAAAUGAUAUGAAAUUUAUUUAUUAACAUCACAAUUUUUUAAAAGUACAUAUUAGAAGGCUUGCAUAGAGCACCAAAUAUUGUGGUCAUUUGAAUGCUGUUGAUAUAUAUACAAUUCAAGGGAUGAAAAUUACGAUGGACCAGAGACUUGUAGAAUCUUGAAAAGUAAAGCCUUUCAUGAAAGAACAAGGGCAGGCAGGAAGUUUCACAGGUUACACAUUGUUUUUUUAGAAAUUUUAAUAUGAAUGGUUAGGUAUUGAGAUUGGCCCUAAAGUUAGGGCUGCACAAUGGUCUAAAAUGGUGGCCCCAGUUCAGAACAUAUGCAGAGUAUCAGCAGAAAUGAUAUCAUAAGUUUUGGACAGAGAGUAGGGAAAAUGUUUGACAAACAGCAAAAAGCCCAGAAACACUGUACAGACGAUUAAAAUUCCGGAUAAAUCCAUAAAACUUUCAUCGCUGGUUUCAGGUAGUGCCAAAAUCCUGAAUGCCUCCCAAAAUCUGUAAUUUCAUCAUAUCUGGAGCUCUUCAUCCCUACAAUUUAUAUUAUAGAAUUACAUUGAAUUAAUGAAAAAAAAAUCAUUGCUUUAUUCAUUAUGUAAUAUAAUACAUGCAUAUAAUUGUUUUGUGGUAUAAACCACGAUUUGGUUUCUACUUUACCUCAAUUGGUAGAUGUAACAAACGGGCCUACCUCAACAUCCAGCCUACAGUAACUGAUUUCUGCAUAGUCUGAUGCAUUUCCACCUAAAUGAUUGAAAACUUUCUGUUGAGACAAGUUACGAUAAACAGUUUUAACCUAACAUGGUUAUUUGUUAUUCUGUUGCACAUCAGCUAAAUUUAAUAAUGUUGAUUAUAAUUUUGAAUAUCUAGUUUAAAUAGAACAAUAUAAUAAAAUAUUGAUGUUGUUAUUGUCAUUGUUAAUGCAAUUACAGUAUUUUAUGAUCAUGUAUGUUGAAUAUUGAUAAAAAAAACCCACCCCAAAGUUAGAGUGUUUUUGUAAAUAAGCUAAGAAACAUUAAUAAAUCCUUUGUUGAAUGUG